AUUGGUUUGCUCUUUUUCUUCUUUUUCUUUUCGUAAAAGCAACUUACUAUGGCCACUCAAAACCUUAUUGAUAUCACUCAACUUUCUCCCAAGUUCCAAGACUUAUAUGCCAAGGCCAAGGACUUUGUCGAAAAUGAUUGUAUUCCAGCUGAAAAAAUCUUUGAGUUACAAAUGGGUCAAAACGAAAACAGAUGGAAGGUUGUUCCUCCUAUCAUGGAAGAACUCAAGGCCAAAGCUCGAUCUCUCGGUCUUUGGAACCUUUUCUUGGGCAGAGAUUAUGCUGAAGGUGCUGGUUUGACUAAUGUAGAAUAUGGUUUGAUUGCCGAACUUACUGGUCGCUCUCCCAAGAUAGCCCCUGAAGCCAUGAACUGUUCUGCCCCUGAUACAGGCAAUAUGGAGGUCUUUGCCAAGUAUGGUACACCCGCUCAAAAAGAAAAGUGGCUUAAGCCUCUAUUGGAAGGCAAGAUCAGAUCUGCUUUUGCUAUGACUGAACCAAAGGUUGCUUCUUCUGAUGCUACCAACAUUGAAACCAACAUUCGUCGCGUCGGCAAUAAAUAUGUCAUUAACGGUUUGAAAUGGUGGAUUUCUGGUGCAGGUGAUCCUCGUUGUGCUGUCUAUCUUGUCAUGGGCAAGACUGACCCUGAUAACGAAAACAAGCAUCGUCAACAAAGUCUUGUUAUUGUCCCUGCUGAUACUCCCGGUAUCACAGUUGUUCGUCCCAUGAAGGUCUUUGGUUUUGAUGAUGCACCUGAAGGCCAUUGUGAAAUCGUCUUCAAAGAUGUACGUGUCCCUGUAGAGAAUAUCGUUUUAGGUGAAGGCCGUGGUUUUGAAGUCAUUCAAGGAAGAUUGGGUCCUGGUAGAAUUCACCAUUGUAUGCGUUGUAUCGGUAUGGCUGAGCGUAGUCUGGACUUGAUGUUGGCUCGUGUCACUGAUCCUACCCGUCGUACCUUUGGUAAGAACUUGAGCGAACACGGUACUGUUGUUAGUGACAUUGCUUCUUCUCGUAUUGAAAUUGACCAAACUCGUUACCUUGUCUUGAGUGCUGCUCAAAAGAUUGAUCAAGCCAAGGCUAAAGGUGCCAUGAAAGAAAUUGGUAUGGCCAAGAUUGCUGCUCCCAACAUGUUACUUCGUGUCUUGGAUCGUUCUAUGCAAGCCCAUGGUGCUGGUGGUAUUUCUCAAGAUUUUCCCCUGGCUCACUUUUAUGCCUCUGCCAGAACAUUACGUUAUGCUGAUGGCCCCGAUGAAGUGCACCGUGCUCAAAUUGGUAAGGUCGAACUUCGUCGUGCCGAAGAAAUCUCUCAGAGGAUCAAGGCUCAAAAAGAAAAGUCUGAUCGUAUGGCUUCUAAACUCUAAAUAAUGCAUUUUAACCAUUUCGUCCAUUUGUACAAUAAAAUUCCCUCGAAAGUCCGAUUCUUUUUUUUUCUUU